UCCUCUGCGAUAAAAAGCAGAUAACUCGGUGGUUUUUUUCGCAGUAACGACAUGUGCAGCAGGACAUAAUGAAGCUUUAUGUGGAUGUUGCAGCAGUGCGUGGAGGAAGUUCCUUUUAACGGAUGAUGCAGGUACAAGGUGUUGAUCUCCAGGUUUGUACUUCUAGAAAUCCAACAUGCUGUACUAAAAAGAUGGAAGAAAGGUAUCAGACUGCAGCAAAGCAAGAUAUACAGCAAGUGCUUCAAACAUCAAGUGCUACAUUAAAAUUUUUAAUAUCUCGUAAUGCAGCUGCUUUUCAAGAAACCUUUGAAAUGCUUAUCAGACUGGCUGAGAAUUACACAAGCACACUUUUCUGCACUGCAUAUAGAAACAUGGCUGCUGAGGCUACUGUGCGUGUUCAGGAGUUUUUCACUGAUGUUGGACUCUUCGUGUUUGGCACAGACAUUAGCACAGAGAAAUUUGUCAAUAGAUUUUUUGACACUCUGUUUCCAGUAGUCUACAACCACGUGAUUAACCCCGGUCUGACUGACAUUUCACUGGAAUAUGCAGAGUGCCUCCGAAUGGCGAGAAGAGACAUCAGGCCCUUUGGCAACAUUCCCAAAAAGGCCAUAGGACAAAUGGGAAGAUCACUCUUAUCCAGCCGGACUUUCUUGCAGGCUCUGAAUUUGGGGAUUGAAGUGAUCAAUACAACAGAUCACCCGCAUUUCUCCAAAGACUGCAGCAGAGCUUUACUGAGAAUGCAGUAUUGCCCCCACUGCCAGGGAGUGAUGCUGAGCAAGCCCUGCAUGGGCUACUGCCUCAACAUCCUCCGAGGCUGCUUAGCCAGCAUAGCAGAGAUUGAUCUUCAUUGGCGGGGAUAUGUUCGGUCCCUGGAGGAGCUCUCAAGCACCAUGAGUGGAACACGCGACGUUGAGCACGUGCUUCUCAACUUUCAUUUGCUUGUUAAUGAUGCUCUGGUGCAGGCUCAUAUCCAUGGGCCAGAGUUAUCUGAGCAGGUGAAAAAGAUAUGUGGUCCUCCUGUAAGGAAGCCUACACAGUCUCCAGGUUGCUCCUUUGAUCAGAACAAAGAUAAUCAAGGGUUGAAGAUGUUCUCAAGAGACAGUGAAGAAAUGCUCACCAACAGAAGAAAGGAAUUUAUCAGCCACCUCCGGCUCUACAGAGCCUUUUAUGGUGGCCUGGCUGACCAGAUGUGCAGUAACGAGUUGGCAGCUGCAGAUGGACUCCCGUGUUGGAAUGGAGAAGAUGUCGUAAAAAGCUAUACACGUCGUGUGGUUGGCAGUGGAAUCAAAGCUCAGUCUGCAAAUCCAGAAGUAAAAGUGAAGGGAACAGAUCCUGUAAUAAGUCGAAUUAUUGACAAGCUGAAACAUGUUAUUCAGCUGUUGCAGGGCGAAUCAUUUCCAAAAUAUGAUAAAUGGGAUCUCCAUCAAACAGGCAGUGGUGGAGGUGUAGAUGAACAAAUAAGUGGUGAUUGUGAUGAUGAAGAUGGCUGCGGAGGAUCUGGAAGUGGAGAAUUCAAAAGAGUCCUGAAAAUCACAGACUGGAUGCCAGACAAGACGAACCUCAGUGACGUAAAGCAAAUCCAUCAAAUCAACGAUGGCAUCACUUUAGACACAAGUGGAGCAGGAUGUACAACAAUGGCCAAUUAUAUAACAUUUAUGCUGAUUAGUUUGGUAAUACUAUUUCUCAGUCUUUGGUAA